GCGUCUUUAGAUGGAAGCGUUUAGCGUCAAGCGUCGAGCGUCAAAAACACGUGCGCAGCACCCUUGCGCAUAAUUCUGAACAGGCAGAUUCCAGCAUCUUGACGCUAAAACCGCUAAAACAAUGUCUAGUAACAAAAUUUUAAUAAAUACGGUAGAGAUGAUUUACUGACUGCUCCAGCGUUUCAACAAAUCACUAGGCACACUGCGCAUGUCACACUUUUUGACGCUUUAACGCUCGACGCUAAAACGCUCCCAUGUAAAGGCACCUUAAGGGUGGAUUUUCACUUGACGCUCGACGCUCAUUUUUUAGCGUCAAAAAACAUCACGUGACUAAAAAUAAAGAUACCAAUUCGUCAUUUUUUGAUCACAUGAUGUCUUUUGACGCUAAAAAUGAGUAUCGAGCGUCAAGUAAAAAUCCACCCUCAGGUCCCUGAUCUCGUGAUCUCGUGAUCGUGAUAUUACUGCUUGAAUUUAUCAAACGACCACGUGUUUCAGUACUUACAAAAUUAAGUAAAAUGGAGGAGUUGUUGAAAAAGUUGGCCGUAGAGUUAUAUGAUGUCCAGGCCCUGAAAUUCGGGGACUUUAAAACAAAAAUUGGCUUAAGAACGCCAAUAUAUUUCGACCUGCGAGUGAUAAUUUCGUAUCCAAAAUUAAUGUCUGCUUUGGCGAAAGCUCUGUGGACUCUUGCAGAUGACGUUACAAAAGUGUCCCAAAUUUGCGGAGUCCCAUAUACGGCACUGCCAUUAGCUACUUUAAUUUCAGUAGAUAACCAGAUUCCGAUGUUAAUGAAGAGAAAAGAGACAAAAUCCUAUGGUACGAAGAAGCUGAUUGAGGGUGUGUUUUCGUCCGGUGAUAACUGUGUAAUCAUUGAGGAUGUCAUCACUAGCGGCAGCAGUAUUCUGGAAACAAUUGAUGCCUUGAAGAAGGAACAUUUGAAUGUAACAGAAGCAUACGUGAUAAUUGAUAGGGAACAAGGUGGUAGAAAGAAUCUCGAGAAUCAUGGAAUCAAAGUCAAAAGUUUAUAUGUAGUCACACAACUCAUGCAAUAUCUCCUUGAGGCUGGAAAGAUUACAUCAAAAGUUGUCAAGGAGGUUGACGAUUAUCUGGCAAUGAAUCAGGCACCGACCAUUUCCAUUCAAGGCACUAUACCAAAUGACAGAUUGAAGCUGCCAUAUUGUAAACGUGCAAAAUUAGCGAAAAAUCCGUUGGCCUCAAAGCUGCUAGAACUAAUGGAGUCUAAGCAAACCAAUCUCUGUCUAGCGGCCGAUUUGAAAAAAACAGACGCGAUUUUAGAGUUAGCAAAUACAGCUGGACCUCACAUUGCUGUAUUGAAGACUCAUGUGGAUAUCAUAGAGGACUUUAAUGAGGGUUUUAUUCUUCAACUAAAAGAUCUAGCAAAACGGCACAAGUUUCUACUGAUGGAGGAUCGCAAGUUUGGCGAUAUUGGCAACACGGUGUCGUUGCAAUACAGAUAUGGCUUAUAUAAAAUCGCCGAAUGGGCCGAUUUGAUCACAGUGCAUCCGAUAUCCGGCGCGUCCGUCAUUGAUGCGCUAAAGAAAGGUAUGAAGAACAUCACGGAACCUCGUGGUAUUUUCCUUAUCGCCGAAAUGUCAUCCAAAGGUACCUUGACUACCGGUGAUUACUUGAAAAGCGCAGUAUCGAUGGCAGAGGAAGCUUCUAACCUAGUAGUCGGCCUUGUGUGUCAAUCUAAUCUCUCUGCACAAUCCGGAUUGCUUCAAUUGACGCCUGGCGUCCAGUUAUCAAAGAGCGAUGACGGAUUAGAUCAACAAUAUAACAAUCCGGAAACGGUUAUCAAUGCGGGUGCCGAUUUGGCUGUUGUCGGUAGAGGUAUCACCGAAGCCUCCAAUUGUUUAAAGGCUGCUUUAGAAUACAAAAGACAGCUCUGGAAUGCAUACGAGAAACGAAUAAACUCACCCGAUAUGUGAUAGUAACGCAAUUCGCAAACUAUUUUUAUAUAAUGUUUUCUUACAGCUGGAUCUGUAGUCUUUGAAAUUAUAACUGUUUUUUAUUUUAAAAUAAUGUUUGACAGAUUUAUUUCCA